UCCAACAGCAGCUCCAUCAGGCACUUCCUCCUGCUGGCAUUGGCAGACACGCGGCAGCUGCAGCUCCUGCACUUCUGCCUCUUGCUGGGCAUCUCCCUGGCUGCCCUCCUGGGCAACGGCCUCAUCAUCAGCGCCUGCGGCCACCACCUGCACACACCCAUGUUCUUCUUCCUGCUCAACCUGGCCCUCAGCGACCUGGGCUCCAUCUGCACCACUGUCCCCAAAGCCAUGCACAAUUCCCUCUGGGACACCAGGAACAUCUCCUACACAGGAUGUGCUGCUCAGCUCUUUCUGUAUGUAUUUUUCAUGUCAGCACAAUUUUCUCUCCUGACUGUCAUGUGCUACGACCGCUACGUGUCCAUCUGCAAACCCCUGCACUACAGGACCCUCCUGGGCAGCAGAGCUUGUGCCCACAUGGCAGCAGCUGCCUGGGCCAGUGGCUUUCUCACUGCUCUCAUGCACACGGCCAAUACACUUUCCCUGCCCCUGUGCCAAGGCAAUGCCCUGGGCCAGUUCUUCUGUGAAAUCCCCCAGAUCCUCAAACUCUCCUGCUCUAAAUCCUAUAACAGGGAGCUUGGACUUCUUAUGUUUUCCAUCUCUUUAGGUUUUGCUUGUUUUGUGUUCAUUGUUUUCUCCUAUGUUCAGAUCUUCAGGGCUGUGCUGAGGAUACCCUCUGAGCAGGGACGGCACAAAGCCUUUUCCACCUGCCUCCCUCACCUGGUCGUGGUCUCCCUGUUUGUCAGCACUGGCUUUUUUGCCCACCUGAAACCCCCCUCCAUCUUUUCCCCAUCCCUGGAUCUGUCAGUGUCAGUUCUGUACUCAGUGGUGCCUCCAGCCAUGAACCCCCUCAUCUACAGCCUGAGGAACCAGGAGCUCAAGGCUGCAGUGCGGACACUUAUGACCGGAAUAUUUCAGAAACACUAA